AUGGCACUUCUCUGCAAGAAACCCUGCGCAAUGCUACUCAACAUUCCUGCUUCCUCUAGGUUCAACGAAAUCGGAGUCCAGCAACUGAGCGACUAUGUUCACCCCCAGGUUUUUCCGGACAAACACCGGACCCCUGAUCCGGAGCUGGUCGCCCUGGCACGAGAUCACCUCGCUCGACACGAUCUCCUUGGAAAAUCCCAGAGUGGUGCCGAGCCGAUUGCUUUUGACCUGCCUCCGCUCCAAGGAAAGACACUAGACGAGCAUUUCUACAAGCUUGGAAUGGAUGCAUCCGAACCAUACUUGACUUACGCCAAAUCAUAUGCCGCAGUGACUUGUCCAACGAAACCGCGCAGAUGGGCCAGACGCAGUGGGUGGACGAAAUACCAUCCCAACGGCUCCUCUGAGCCAGUAGAUGCUCCAAAUGAGGAGAUGAUCACUUUCGACACCGAAGUUAUGUACAAGGAACACCCCUAUGCGGUCAUGGCUUGCGCAGUGAGCCCGACCGCAUGGUAUGCGUGGAUAUCUCCUUGGCUUUUAGGGGAAACGGAAAUUCAAUGUCACCUUAUCCCGCUAGGGGAUCCCUCUCAACCAAGAAUCGUCGUAGGCCAUAACAUUGGAUACGAUCGAGCCCGUAUACGAGAGGAGUACGACAUGCAACAAACACACAACUUUUUUGUGGAUACAAUGUCUCUUCACGUGGCCGUAAACGGCAUGUGUUCGCAGCAAAGACCGACUUGGAUGCGACACAAGAAAAACAAGGAUCUCCGGGACAAGAUCGCAAGCGAGCAUAACUCCGCGGAACUGGCUUCGUUGCUCGAGAACAACAUGCUGAGAGAAGAGGAGGAAGAACUCUGGGUAGGACGAAGCUCUGUUAAUUCCCUGCGAGACGUGGCCAAGUUUCACUGCGAUGUCACAAUAGACAAGGCACAGAGAGAUUUCUUCGGCGAGCUUGACCGAGAGACUCUUCUGACGAAACUCGAUGAGCUCCUUGAUUACUGUGCCGCUGAUGUCGCUAUCACUCACCGUGUCUAUCGAAAAGUCUUUCCCAAUUUCCUCGAGACUUGUCCGCACCCCGUCAGUUUUGGUGCCCUCCGACACCUAUCCUCGGUCAUUCUUCCAGUAAAUCAAAGCUGGCAGGAGUACUUGACCAUGGCCGAGGAAACCUACCAUAAACGACUUGACGAUGUGCAACGGAAAUUGGUUGAACUAUGUAACGAAGCUUUGAAAGUGAAAGAGCAACCUGACGUGUACAAAAACGACCCUUGGUUACGACAGCUGGACUGGUCCGGCCAGGAGGUGAAGAUGGUGAAAGGGAAGAAAAAGGGAGAUCCCCCGCGCCCUGCGGCAAGACAAAAGAAACCUGGCAUGCCGAAGUGGUAUAAGGAUCUAUUCCCCUCGAGCACCUCCGACAUAAACCUCACAGUUCGCACUCGGAUUGCACCUAUCCUGUUGAAAUUGUCUUGGGCUGGGUAUCCUCUCGUUUGGUCUGACAAGUAUGGAUGGACUUUCCGGGUUCCCCGUGAGCAAGUCCAACAAUUUGAAAAUCAACCAGUUGUUCUUUGCGACAUGAGCGAAGAGACGAAUGAACAGCUGCAAAAUGACCGGAAGAACACAUACUUCAAAAUUCCCCACAAAGAUGGGCCACAAGCGAGGUGUACGAAUCCAUUAGCCAAGGGCUACAUGGGAUAUUUUGAGCGCGGAAUUCUGUCAUCGCAGUUCGAACUUGCAAAGGAAGCUUUGGAUAUGAACGCCUCAUGCUCCUAUUGGAUCAGUGCUCGAGACCGCAUCAUGAGCCAAAUGGUGGUUUACGAGGACCAGGUUGAAAAGAACGGUCGAGAAACCAAAAAGACUGAGAACCGCGUGGGCUUCAUUCUGCCGCAGAUUAUUCCUAUGGGCACUAUCACUCGCCGUGCGGUGGAGAACACAUGGCUCACUGCGAGCAACGCAAAAGCGAAUCGCGUUGGCUCCGAGCUAAAGGCUAUGAUUAAGGCCCCCCCCUGGCUACGCCUUCAUGCGCCAUUCCAAAUCCACGGAGGAAACGCCAUUGGCUUCAUGACUCUUGAAGGUUCCAAAGCUGAAGGAACCGACUUGCAUUCUCGAAGUGCGCAGAUUCUGGGAAUAUCCCGCAACGAUGCCAAGGUGUUCAAUUACGGACGUAUUUAUGGAGCUGGUGUCAAAUUCGCGGCGACUCUUCUUCGGCAGUUCAACCCGUCCUUGUCUGAGAAGGAAACCCAGCAGACUGCGGUUAAUCUCUACAAGGAGACUAAGGGCACUCGUACCACACGUCGCUUGUUGAGUGCGACUCCUUUCUGGCGCGGCGGAACGGAAUCCUUUGUGUUCAACAAGCUGGAAGAGUUUGCAGACCAGGAAAGACCUAGAACCCCUGCCCUCGGUGCUGGAAUUACUGAGGCACUCAUGAGGCGCUUCAUCAACAAGGGCAGCUUCAUGACGUCUCGCAUCAACUGGGCUAUCCAAUCAUCUGGUGUUGAUUAUCUCCAUCUGCUCAUUGUUAGCAUGGACUACCUCAUUCGGCGAUUCAAUGUUCAGGCUCGUCUUGCUAUCACAGUGCACGAUGAAAUUCGCUACCUGGUGAAGGAUGAAGACAAGUACCGUGCGGCGAUGGCUUUGCAGAUUGCCAAUGUCUGGACGCGUGCCAUCUUCUCCCAGCAAGUAGGCAUUGAUGACCUCCCUCAAUCAUGCGCCUAUUUCUCGGCAGUUGACAUCGACCACGUUCUUCGAAAAGAGGUUGAUAUGGAUUGCGUUACUCCCUCGCACCCUCACAAGAUCCCGCAUGGCGAAACUUUGGAUAUUUCUAAGCUGCUCGACAUGGGUCAAAAAGCCUUCCUGGACCCCUCCAUCACAUCCACAUCUCAACCAACACCAGAAAAGUACUCGUACACUCCGCGGGAGUCGGUCAUGUCCACUCUUCAGGCGUCCAAUGAUCCGGCUUUUAUCAGGGCCCAGAUUACAAAAGACGACAAAGAGCUUCGUGAAAUCAUCAGAGAAAAGACUGCAAUCGUCAAUGCCUCGAAACCAUCUCCAUCAAGCCUCACCUCAAGCAAAACUCGGGGUAAGUCCACAGGCUGGGCAUCGGCAGAAUCACAACGGGCAGUCCUUAUGGACAUGGAAUCCGGUCUAUACCCUGACUUCCGAACCCCGCCUCGCGCUGCCUCGAAUGGAAAUAAACAGUCGCAAACAGGCUUCUACAACAGAUCUACCUGGAAACCUCGGCCUACCGCUCGGGCUUAA